GAAUGAAUUGGAAAAUGAACUUUGAAAGCCACCCUGCAAUCUUUCUUUCAGCAAUAGAAUGCCGAUGAAAUAUUAAGGAACUAGAAGAAUUUGUCCUGGGGCACCUUAAAAGCAAAGAGAUUUGUUUUCAUAUCCUUGCUGUCGAGCAAACCUUUCUGUUGCACAAGUAGAGUUGGGUUGGGCUACGUCUCGGUGCUUAGCAUCCACCCUUUUCCUGUGGGUGGGAACCUCAAAAAAAAAAGUACUGGGAAGAAAUGGAGAAGAGAUUUGGCUACCCGGGCAGUUCUUGCCCAUGCAGGUGUGCAUAAUGCGUAGGAAUGCCAGACAGACCUGAGUCACAGGUAACCUCCCCUGCAUACAUGCAACACGCCUAAUCACACCUGAGAUAAAGAGAAAACUGCUUCUUUCCUACUUUACUUGCCUAACAGCUAUAGGUGCUGCUACUAGGAACUCCUCCAUUUACCCUGGAGAAAAGAAAAACAAGCCAGAGGGAGUUGUUUUAAAAAAAAACAAACGGCAACAGCAGCAGCAAAAAGGUGGAGGGAGUGAAAAGGUGUGAGACAAUCCUGGAUCAGAAGCAACCAGGAGACCUGAAGAGAUUACAGAAGACCACGUUAAAGGAGUUCAAGAAUUAUCAAAUGAGUCUGAGCUGAGCCAUUGCUGACUCCACAGUCUGCUGUAUUUCAGGAAGAAUGGACAAGCUCUUGGGAAGGAUGUGGUUCCAGCUGCUUCUGUUCUCCCUGCUUUUUAUCUUGGGCCAAGGGAAAAAAAUUAACCAAUGUGUGGCUUCUAGGGCAAAAAGCUGCACUGAAUGCAUCCGAGUGAGCAGCAACUGUACUUUUUGCACAGAUGAGAACUUCAAAGGCAUCCGUUGUGAUUUGGAAGAUAAUCUAAGGAGCUAUGGCUGCCAAAACAACAUAAAAGUAAAGUCUGGAGAGGUAUUAAUGACAAAGAAUUUCCAAAUUGAUACAACUCUGAGGAAAACACAAGUAUCUCCGCAGCACGUAUUACUCAAACUGAGACCGGAUGACGAAGUAAACAUUGCCAUGCAGGUGUUUGAGCCCACUGAACCUCCUGUGGACCUCUACAUCCUUAUGGAUUUUUCAUAUUCCAUGUCUGAUGACUUGGACAACCUGAAACAAAUGGGCCAGUACCUUGCAAAUUUCUUGACGGAGCUGACGCAUGACUAUACCAUUGGUUUUGGCAAAUUUGUGGACAAAGUUACAGCACCACAGACAGACAUGAGGCCCAUAAGAUUGCGGGAACCUUGGUUUAAUGCUGACCCGCCUUUCUCUUUUAAGAAUGUCAUCCGUCUAACCAAUGAUAUCAAUAAAUUCAGCCAGGAAUUGAUGAAGGAACGUAUAUCAGGGAACUUGGAUGCUCCUGAAGGUGGCUUUGAUGCUAUAUUGCAAACAGCAGUUUGCAAGGAGAAUAUUGGGUGGCGGAAUGACAGCACUCACCUCCUGGUCUUCUCCACUGAGUCGGCCUUCCAUUACGAAGCUGAUGGCGCCAACGUCCUUGCUGGAAUCCUAAGAAAGAAUGAUGAAAAAUGCCACCUAACUCAAGCAGGGACUUACACCUUUGAUACCAAGCAGGAUUACCCCUCAGUGCCUACCCUUGUGCGCCUUCUGGGGCGGAGUAAUAUCAUCCCUAUUUUUGCUGUCACCAACCACUCCUAUGAUUACUAUGAGAAACUGCACAAAUAUUUUCCAAUUUCUGAAAUUGGGAGGCUUCAAGAAGAUUCUUCCAACAUUGUGGAAUUGAUCCGUUUGGCUUUUAAGCGCAUUCGUUCCAAGAUGAGCAUUCAAGCUUACGAUAUCCCAAAAGCCAUGAAAACUGAAAUAUCAUCCUCAAAAAGUGAAAAAAUGGAGUCUGGUUCAUUGCAUAUUGUUCAAGGCGAACUGAAAACUUUCAAUGUGAAUUUGAAAGCUAAGCACUUUGCUGACAAGCAUGUCUGUGAUCUCCCAGAGAAGGAGCGGAAAGGUAUUAUCCACAUUAAGCCCUCCUCUUUCAGUCACAAAAUGGAGAUUGAUGCCUCAAUUCUCUGCGACACCUGCUCCUGUGAAAAGACUCAGGAAGUUAAAUCAUCAAAGUGCAGUUACAAUGGAAAUUUUGUCUGCGGACAAUGUGUGUGCAAUCCAGGCUGGCGGGGGGACCAGUGUAGUUGCUCAACAUCCUCCUUUACUGAUACUGAGGCCUGCACACGACCUGGAGAUAAAGAACCCUGUUCUGGCAAAGGAGAAUGCCUUUGUGGGAUCUGUCAGUGCUAUUCUGAAGAUCUCAUCCAGCGUUAUGAAGGACAGUAUUGUGAAUUCGACAACUUGCAAUGUUCCCGCACUUCUGGAUUCCUCUGCAAUGACCGGGGACGAUGCUACAUGGGCCAGUGUGUAUGUGAAGCUGGUUGGGAAGGCGCCGGCUGUGAGUGUCCCACAAGCAACGAAACCUGUGUCAGCAGCAAUGGGCUGAUUUGUAAUGGACAAGGGAGAUGUGAAUGUGGUCGAUGCCUCUGUAAUAACCCCACUGCUCCCCAUACUGAUCUCAACUGUGAACUUGGAAACUUGGCUUUCCAGCAAUUGUGUGAGGAAGAAUUCCGAAGUUGCAUCCAGUGUCAGGCUUGGGACACUGGAGAGAAGAAGGGACAGAAAUGUUCAAAGUGCCAUUUCGAGAUCAAGCUGGUGGAUGAAUUAAAGCAAGAACAGGUUUGUACCUUCCAAGAUGAGGAGGAUGAUUGCCUUUACCGCUACACUAGGGAAGAAGGCACCAAUCUAUCACAAAACAAUACUGUUCUUGUGCAGAAGAAAGAGUGUCCACCGGGAAGUUUUCUUUGGCUUAUCCCCCUACUCAUUUUUCUGAUACUACUCCUGGGGUUGCUGCUCCUCCUAUGCUGGAAAUUCUGUGAUUGUUGCAAGCAUUGUUUGGCGUUGCUACCCUGUUGUGCACGAGGUCGCAUGGUUGGUUUCAAGGAGGACCACUAUCUGCUCAGGCAGAGUCUCAUGGCAUCAGAUCACCUGGACACUCCAAUGGUGCGCAGCGGUAAUUUGAAAGGGAGAGACACAGUCCACUGGAAGAUCAGAAACAAUGUGCAAAAGCAAGACUACUCAUCCUUCGCCUUCAAUCCCAAGGAUAUCAUUCCAUAUGGGCUCUCUCUCAGAUUGACACGCCUUUACACCCAAAGUCUUGCAAAACUGGAUAGCCGUGAAAAAGAGCAACUGCAGAAAGAAGUGGAGGAAAAUCUGAAUGAAGUGUACAGAAUAAUCCCAGGUUUCCAAAAGUUCCAGCAGACAAAAUUCAGGAUUCAGCCAAAUGCUGGAAAAAGGCAAGACCACACAAUCCUGGACACGGUGCUCCCAGCUCCCCGCUCAGCCAGGAACGAAAUUAUCAAAGUAACAGAGAAGCAUGUCUCGCAAGGAGCUUUCAAUGAAUUAAAAGUGUCGCCUGGUUACUACACUGUGAUUGCUGACCAAGAUGCCCAGGGCAUGGUUGAGUUUCAGGAAGGGGUAGAGUUGGUGGAUGUUCGGGUUCCCCUGUUCAUCAGGGAAGAGGAUGAUGAUGAAAAACAGCUGCAUGUAGAAGCUAUUGAUGUUCCUGUGGGCACCGCAAAAAUUGGUCGUCAUCAAGUCAACAUCACCAUAAUAAAAGAGCAAGCAAAUAGUAUCAUUAGCUUCCUGGAGCCAGUUUAUUCAUACAGCCGCUUUGACCAGCUGGCUAAGAUCCCUUUGGUUCGAGAAAUAUUGGAGAAGGGAAAAUCCCAGAUAACAUACAGGACACGAGAUCUCACAGCUCAGCAAGGCAAAGAUUAUGUUUUUGCGGAGGGUGAUCUGAUCUUCCUGCCUGGAGAGAAGCAGAAGGAAGUACAAAUCAAAUUGAUGGAGUUGACAGAGAUUGAUGCCCUCCUUCGGAACCAGCAGCUGAAACAAUUCGCAGUGGAUCUCAUCAAUCCCAGGUUUGGGGCAAAGGUUGGCAAAUACCCUCAAACCAUAGUGACAAUUGUUGAUCCAGAAAAUGUGUCAUCAGAGAUUCAGUUUCCAUAUUCUCCUAGAGGCACUCUUAUAGCACCUCUUAAUCCAAAUGCACAGGCUUUAAGCUCUAGAAAGAUCCGCUUCAAUUGGUUGCCUCCACCAGGCAAACCAGCAGGAUACAAGGUGAAAUAUUGGAUCCAAGGAGAUCCUGAAUCAGAGGCUCAUCUGUUUGAUUCCAAAGUACCUUCGGCAGAGCUGACCAACCUGUACCCCUACUGUGAUUAUGAAAUGCAAUCCUGUGCCUAUAAUGCUUUGGGCGAAGGGCUUUAUUCUAAGGUGGUCCACUGUCGAACACUUGAGGAAGUUCCUAGUGAGCCUGGGCGCUUGGCCUUCAAUGUCAUAUCCUCCACUGUGACGCAGCUGAGCUGGGCUGAGCCUGCAGAAACAAAUGGCAUAAUCACAGCUUAUGAGGUCAGCUAUGGACUCGUCAACGAGGAAAACAGACCCAUUGGCCCCAUAAAGAAAGUCUUGGUGGAGGAACUCAAGAAGCGGAUGGUUCUGAUUGAAAAUUUACGGGAAUCACAGCCCUACCGUUAUACAGUGAAGGCAAAGAAUGGAGCUGGAUGGGGGCCAGAAAGAGAAGCUACAAUUAACUUGGCUACACAACCAAAACGCCCUAUGUCCAUUCCUAUCAUUCCUGAUGUACCAAUAAUUGAUGCACAAGGAAGAGAAGACUAUGACAGCUUUCUAAUGUACAGCACAGAUGUAUUGCGUUCACCAGCUGGUAGCAAGCAUCCCAGCGUCUCAGAUGACUCUGGCUCUCGAUGGAAAUAUGUGCAGCUGCUGGGGGACGAGCUGGACCUUCGUCACGUCACCUGGAGACUCCCAGUAGAACUGAUCCCUCGUUACUCGGACAGCAGUUGCUUUUCCUCGGACACAGAGGGUCUCCUCCAUGAGGGUAGUACCCUCUCUGAGCUAGUGGACAGUGAUGCAACCAGCGGCAGCCUACCAAGGAGUGGGACUUCCCAGCCCCAACCAGAACACCUGAUGAAUGGCCGACUGGAUAUUGCCUUCCCUGCCGGUAGUGGAAGUUUAACCCGAAAUCAUCUAAGUCCACAUGUAUACCACGAGAGAAGAGUGAUCGGAAACUCAUCGCUAACCAGGGAGUAUACCACGGUGUCUGGACAUGACCCAUCCAAGAAUGUUUUCUCUCCCACAUACGAAGAAACUAGAAGGAUACCCCAGAUCCCGCAGGAUGCGGGCUUUAGGAGGGCAAAUGUGAUGGGUUACUCUGACAGCAGUGAUGCUCGGGAUUCUAUAGUCAUGACUGAUGGGCCCUCUUGGAUUUCCAAAUACUUAGAUUCUAGAAUGCAGCUUCUGAAUGUUCCAGACACUCCUACUCGCUUGGUGUUCUCUGCCUUGGGACCAACCUCCCUGAAAGUCAGCUGGCAGGAACCCCACUGUGAUAAAGAAGUACAAGGAUACAGUGUGCAAUACCAGCUUCUCAAUGGAGGCGAAAUAAAGAGACUUACAAUUCCCAAUCCAAUGCAGAACUCGGUGGUGGUGGAUGAUCUAUUACCUAACCACUCCUAUGUCUUCAAAGUAAAGGCCCAAAGUGAUGAGGGAUGGGGUCCAGAAAGAGAAGGUGUGAUAACCAUUGAGUCACAGGUGGAUCCACGCAGCCCUCUCAGUCCCGUGCCAGGGUCACCAUUUACCCUGAGCACACCCAGUGCCCCAGGGCCUCUCGUAUUCACCGCCUUGAGUCCAGACUCGCUUCAACUAAGCUGGGAGAGACCCCGCCAACCCAAUGGCUUAAUUCUGGGCUACAUGGUCACUUGUGAGACUCUGCAGGGUGAAGGGGAACCCAGGACUAUCUAUGUGGAGGGAGAUAACCCAGAGACCACCCUUACAGUGCCUUACCUGAGUGAAAAUGUUCCGUACAAGUUCAAAGUGCAAGCCAAGACCACUCAAGGCUUUGGCCCUGAAAGAGAGGGCAUUAUCACCAUUGAAUCUCAAGAUGCAGGAGUAUUCUCACAAUAUGGAACACAUCAAUUCACCAGGGAGGAAGUCUUCAAUCUCCCUACAGAAUACAACACCCAAACGAGCAUCACUCACUCCCUACUGGAUCCUUUAUAUGCAGAUGGGAUGCUGAUGACCACCCAGCGAGUGGAAAGUGGCGGCACCCUGACCAAACAGAUCACCAAAGAAUACAUCACCAGCACCAUGUCCAGCAAUAGUGGGACAUUCUCCAGACAGACAGAGAGACAAUUCUAUGAAGCUUGAGCGCACAAGGAAACUGCCAAAAAGACACUCAAAUUUCAACAAGAUGUUCUGUGGCCAUCUUCCAGAUGAGAGCGGAUGGCAAUCUCUGUGCUCCAUUAGCCCUAAAAGCCACCCACUGGCCAUUGCUUUUGAAAUAUCACCAGGUGAUAUCUGCACACAGCCUAGCUGGUAACCUAGCAUCUUGUGAAAGGAGCUUUUAACAGAACACUUGGUUAUGAAACUCUCUUGGCUAGUUCAACUCUGAAUCCAGCUCAUGAGUAUCUGCUUUGCUGCUCUGGAUUUGGUUUGAAAUCCUUACCUCAGACCAUAGCUUUUCACUUUGCAUAUUUUAACUGGAUCUCUUCCUCUUUGUUGAAAUUAAGACCAUCCUCAUUUUUUUUUCUUCUGAGCACAAUAACAUCCUGUUUGUCACAUACAUUCCUUGCAAUCCAGGGGAGUUAAUCCAAUUGUUGUAUAGUUGGUUAUAAAAUCCCACGCUGUGCAGUAUAUAGCAAUUCAUUAGCAGAUUAACAAAAAAUACUAUUUUAUGGCGUAAGGUUGCUAAAAUAUAUACAGGCAGUCCUCGUUUAACGACUUUGUUCAGCAGCCAUUUGCAGUUACAACCAUAAUUUAAAAAGUAUGGUAAUUUUAUGACCAAUCCUCAUAUUUAUAACCUUUGCAGGUCAUAAAGCAAAGGACAGUUAAAGCAAGAGCACAAACACAGGCACAGUUUCACUUAAUGACUGCUGAGUUAAGAACUGAGCUGUUGAUCCCAGGUCAUGAUUGCUAAACAAGGACUUACCUGUAAACCCUUUUCCAAAGAAUCCGAUAUAACAUGGGGCAAUUAAAGCAACUUUCCAACUUCAAUAUCAAAUAUUUGGUAUUGUGCAAUGGACAAUUAAUAUCUUUAAGAGGUAGCUCUCAAAAUAAACUGAUUUACUUCUAGCCAACAUUUUAGUUACUUUUGGAUGAGGCUCUUAUGGUGCAAAUACAAUAGCCUUGGUCAGAGUCCCAAUGUGAUUGUUUUCCUAUCUUUUUUUCUUCCAACCACAUAAAAACUAGUGAAUUGACAAUGAUAGCAUCAUGUUAACGUAUUUUUUGGAAAAUAAUCCUAAAACUCCUUUGGAAACAAACUGAAAUCCAAAUUAACAUCGGUGCUAUGGCUGCAUUUUUCAGAAGCUGCCCAGGAAUUCUUUGGUGAGAAGGUCAGAAUGCAAUUACAUGGCAUCUUAUCUAUCUAAAUCAGGGUUCUCCAAGCUUGCCAAUUUUAAGACUUGUGGACUUCAACUCCAUGCUAGCUGAGGAAUUCUGGGAAUUGAAAUCCACAAGUCUUAAAUUUGACAAGUUUGGCGAACCCUGAUCUAAAUGACAGUUUAUUCGUCAGUGCCAAUCAUCACGCAAGGUGUGGGUAAUGCUAGCUGGCUUAUCCUGCACCCCACAUGACUUGAAGGUGCCCCGUAGUUGUGAGUGGUUCUCAGAACAGAUGGACAUAACAUCUGCUGAAAGUGAACAUUUGAUCAAUGCCACUAGGAAGAGUAAUGCAGCUAGGCCCAUUCAGGCAAAAUGUAUCAGUCUGGAGCUCUUAGGAUCUCAUAUUCAGUGCUGUGAAUCAUUCAUAAGAGAUGGAAUUAUUAAAGUUCCUGGACUGUCUUUUAAAAGGGCAAGAUUUCUUUCGUACUGAACAGAAUGAAUGAUUUCCUGGAUCCUUUGUAAGGGAGUUGCAAAUCAUUUCUUCUUAGGAGAAGCUGCAUUAACUUUUAUCUCCAGAGCUUUCCAUUUCUUUUUCUGAUACGAUUUCCUGUUUCUUGCAAACUCUUACUACCGAUUAUUAAACUUUUCCCUCAGAAUAAGAACCACACAUCUUGGUGUAAUCCAAAGAGGUAUCUAACGGCACAGUCGUUCUAAAUAGAAGUUUUAAAAGGCAUCCUAUGCUUUCACUGAUGUAUAAUGAAAAACACAUUAUAAUGUAAAUUACAUGUUUGUAGAUUAUUAUGGCUUGUAGAGGUUGAUGGAAUUAAGUACACAUGCAGUUUCAGUAUUUCAGAAAUCUGACAGAUGGUGCUUUGGACCGGAUGGCUUUGCAUUGCACUUAAUAAACAUUUUCUCUAUGAUCGCA